AGAUACCCAGCAGCGAUAGCUGAAAGACAGACUAGACCAAGAGAGCGAGUCCUGCUGCGCAAGGCAUUAUUCGAGUGUUGGGUGUCCUAGCGCGAGCAUGACUGCUGCCUUGAGCGCCUCUGUGAUGGAUCACGGUUUCCACAAGCGGAACCAAAGCUUCCUGGUCGGACAUCAUCACCAUCACCCUGUUGUUCACCAUCCACAUCAUCACCAUCACCAAAACUUUAAUGGUGUGGCCAGUUUCAACUUCAGUUCAGUGCCCGUCCAUCCGCAAUUAUCCAGUAGUAGUGCCGCCGCUGGUGCCAGUGAUCAAAGCAACAACAACAACAACAACAACAGCAACGUCUUGUCGUCAGUGACGUCGUCCUCCUCGGCGCCGGACAACAACAAUUCAACGUCGACGAGCACGUUGACCAGCUCGGCCUCGGCCGUCUCGUCGUCGGCCAACAGUGCGUCCAACACGUCGGCCAACAUGCUCAACCCGUUCAUGGACGGCACUCACAUGGGCCUGAAAUUGGCCCAGUCCGGUUCGCACACGCACACGACCAUGUCGACGGCCGAUCAGAACCAGCAUUUCGCCCAGUCGGCCUACCCGGUUUCGCACCAUCCGCACCAUCCGCACGGCCCGCCGCGUCCGCCGCACGUAGGUUCCUAUGCCGCCCGUGACUUCCUUCUACGCCGCGACGCCAUGUCGACGUUGGAUGCUCAUUCAGGUCAGCACCAUCAUUCGCACAUGUUCCCGGGAUCGAGUGCGGCGGCUGCGCUGGCGGCCGAGCACGCGGCGGCCGCCGCUGCCGCCGCUGGCAACGUCUCCCAUCACGCAGGCCACGUUCUCUUCCCCGGCCUAGUACCUGCUGAUCACCACCAUCACCACCACCACCAUCAGGCGGCGAUGAACCACCAGCAAAUGCGUCUGCCCAUGGAAAUGUAUUCGCGCGAGCAGUUUCACAGCGUCUCGGGCAUGACGGCCGCUGCGGCUGCCGCCAAUCAAUUCCACACGGCCAUUACGAACCCGAUGGCUUCGAUGACACCCAUGGCCCACCAUCACGCCGCUCACCACGCUCACCACGCGGCCCAGGCGGCCGCCCAAGCGGCGGCGCACGCUCACGCCGGCUCUGGCGCCUUCUUCCGCUACAUGCGCCCUCCGAUCAAACAGGAGCUCUCGUGCAUGUGGAUCGACACGGACCAACCGAGCCCCAAGAAGACGUGCAACAAGUUGUUCAAUUCCAUGCACGAAAUCGUGACGCACAUUACAGUGGAACACGUUGGUGGACCCGAGUGUACGAAUCAUGCCUGUUUCUGGCAAGGUUGCUGCCGCAACGGAAGACCAUUCAAAGCCAAGUACAAACUAGUGAAUCACAUUCGUGUCCACACUGGCGAGAAGCCAUUCCCGUGCCCUUUCCCUGGAUGCGGUAAAGUGUUCGCAAGGAGUGAGAACCUGAAAAUUCACAAACGGACUCAUACAGGCGAGAAGCCAUUCAAAUGUGAAUUCGACGGCUGCGACCGACGAUUCGCCAACAGUUCGGAUCGGAAAAAGCAUUCGCACGUGCACACGUCAGACAAGCCGUACAACUGCAAGGUUCGCGGCUGUGACAAAUCUUAUACGCAUCCGUCCUCGCUGCGCAAGCAUAUGAAAGUUCACGGAAAGAGCACGCCGCCGAACGGCUCUAGUUACGACUCAGACAACCCAGACAAUGACAGCGACAGCGACUCUUCACCAUCAAGCUCGCCUUCACCAACACCAACACCGUCGUCGACUGGAUCGUCGCAUGUUCAGGGCCACACCAACCUUGGCCUGGGCAACUCGGGCAACAACAGUCUCCUGGGUUCCUUGCCCAUUAACCACCCGACUAAUUUAUCCGAGUGGUAUAUCUGCCAAAGUGCGGCCGGAAUGCCCACUCCGCCAUCCACAGAGCACUCGCCGAUCGGACCAGUGACCCACUUACACCACCCAGCACCAUCGACAGUGGCUUAUUGACGCUCAACCACGUGAACACACACACACACACACACACCCUUCAAAGUCAGCGCUCAACACACACACACACACACACACACUAUCCCUUUUGAAUUUUAUCUUUUUAAAUCAAGCCUACAUACCCCGUUCGAUAUCACCUUGCCUCGGAAGUUUUUGCAAACGCUUGCAAGUAUAAAAAAAAAAAAAAAGCUUUGGCGCAUUUCUAUGUGUGUGUGUGUGUGUGGCUUUCUUGAUGACGUCACCAACAACGAUUCUUUUUGAAUGGAAUAUCGAAGCCUCCCCCCCCCCCCCCUCAUAUCCAGUUUGUCCCCCCCCCCAUAUUUUAUAUGCGUAUAUAGGCUUGUGCCUAUAUACGUGUGCGUUGCAAUGAUUUUGAAACGGGACGUCGUGCUGCCCUCCUCUUCAUAUCCCCGAUUUUUCGUGAAUCCACAGCGAACCAGCACAACAAGUAAGACAAAAGAAUUCGUCUUUUCUCUCUACUCCUCUCGAUACGUGAAAAACAAAUUUCAAUUCGAUUUCAGUUCUGCUAUUGUUCAGAUGGUCGAUUGAUACACCUGUACAGCAGUGCUCAUUUCCCUUUUUUAUUUUUGCAAAACAAGAAAACCGCCUGUGUCUGUGUACAUUUUUUUUUUUUCGUAUGUCUAUAACUGCUAUCGCUAGUUCGUUGAGUGUUUAUGUCCGAAUAUUAUACUUUUGCAGAUCCUACUCUUACAAAACAAAACAAAAAAAAAAAAAGUAUUACAGUUGUUCUAUUAA